AGAAGAGCAUUAGAGGUUAAAGCACGCUUUGCUCAGCUGUUGGUCUCAGGGUCGAGGGCGAGGCAUGCCCUGCGCCAGCUUCUUACCAGCAUCCAUGGCGAGCCAGGUUGCGCAGCUGCAGCUACCGUCGUUGAGGCCAUUGCCCGUGAUCAACCUUUCCAGGCUCAGCAAGGACCCUGCCACGAGGGCGCUCGCCAUCCAGGACAUUGCGCGAGCGUGCCGCGAGCAGGGAUGCUUCCAGGUGGUAAACCACGGUGUCAGCAAGUCUGUCAUGAAGGGUGCACUUGAAGCCGCCUCGGAUUUUUUUGAACUUUCACCAGAGCACAAGGAGUUGUUUGCAUCAACCGAUAUCCGAAGGCCUAUCAGGUACGACACGAGUUCAAGAGACGGGAUCAGCAAAGCCAGGUCAUUCCUGAAGCACUACGCUAACCCUCUGGAAGACUGGGUACAGUACUGGCCAAUGCACCCUCCAUCGUACAGGAAGAAAAUGGGGGAGUACGCUGUUGAAAUACAAAGAGUGUCAAUGGAACUUAUGGAUGCUAUCCUACAAGGUCUAGGAUUAAGGCCAUUGUACAUGCAAGAAAAACUUGAAAAGGGAGUGCAGGUCCUGGCCUUGAACAACUAUCCACAAUUCUCACAUCGAGGAGACAAGGUCGGAUUGGCUCCUCAUUCCGAUUAUGGCUUCCUCACAAUCCUGCUGCAGAGCUCCCCAGGGCUUGAAGUGACGCCCCAUGGCGACGACGCCUGGACAGCUGUCCCUUUGAUCCCCGGAGCCCUCCACGUCCAUAUUGGAGACCACCUAGAAGUCUUGAGCAAUGGUCAGCUCAAGUCCCUUGUCCAUCAAGCCGUUCUCAACCCUGAUGAAGCAAGAAUUUCUAUUGCCAGCAUUCAUGGUCUGUCAAAGGAUGAAAAGGUCCGCUGCGCCAAGGAGCUAGUAGAUGAGGAGAACCCGGAAAUGUACAGGGAAAGCAGUUUCCAGGACUUCCUCGACUUCCUACCAUCAAAUAUCAACAACUACAGGAGGUUUAUCGAGAGCCUCAAGAUCAACAGAGCUUGAAAAGAAAACAUUGGUUCUGCUGCACCAGAACAUAAUCAAAUGGCAUUUUUCAGAUAAGAGUGUAAAGCUGGAUCAAACAAAAUGUUGGUGUCUUUCAACAGGGACAGAGUAUUGUGACAAGUAGGGAUAUCUAUGCGGUGCAGCACUGCCACACACGGCCAGUUCCUAUUUGAAGAUAGAUUCGUAUAGCAAAUACAAUUGGUGCUGCUAUGUUCUGCAGAGCUCCUCUCUUCAAGUGAUAUCUGGUUGAUGCCUCUCUAGAAAUUGAGUCUACAUUCUUAGUUGUACAAAUGAUCAUUUAAUUAUGUGUUAAUGCUGAGGAACCAGCCUAUUUAGUUGUAUCAUAUAUGUAUCUCUUACUACUGCAGUAUCUGUAGUGUCUAUGCUGUAGGUAAGGUAAUGUAUCAGUAGAUCUGCGCCAGGGCUCAGCCUGGCUGCAUCUGGCUAGAGAGAGGUGUGAUUAGCAAGGUUCCCUUUUUUCCCCUUUUCUUUCUUUGGGGAAAUGCAGUGUCGCAGCAUGUCUCUUUCACUAAAAGGAGGAUCAAAGGAACCUUGCUAGGUUUUUCAGGUUGUUUGGUCCUACACUAUGUGUUUGUCAAUGCAAUCGUGUAUCAGUUCAAUAAAGUGUAAUAAUUAUCGCAUGAUAUCCA